AUGGGACACGCAUUAGCCACAGAAGGAGGAUUCUGCACUGGAAGUGCUAGGGUCACUGAUCACCAACGAUUGAGCAGCUCUGGUUACGUCUUUUCUGCUUCUUUGCCCCCAUAUCUUGCGAGUGCUGCCAUUACUGCUAUUGAUAUCCUCGAGGAAAACCCUGACCUGAUAACGAAGUUGAAGAAAAACAUUGCCGAAUUAUGGAAGGGAUUGUCAGGUAUACGGGGCCUCUCAUUCGCGAGCAGUCCAGAAUCACCGAUUGUCUUCCUCAGACUAGAGAAAGCAGACUCUUUGAAGAAUGAACUGCAACUUCAGCUCCUUCAAAAUAUUGCUAACAGUUUGUUAAAGGAGCAUUCCAUUUUCGUGGUCACCUCCCAAAAGUCAACACUUGAUAAAUGCCGUCUUCCAUUAGGAAUUAGAUUGUUCGUCUCCGCUGGGCAUACAGAAUCCGAUCUGCUCAAGGCAGCUGCAUCACUGAAAAGCGUUGCAGAAUUGGUGCUGAAGGAUCAUAUUUAA